AUGCAGCAGGAAAGGAAGUCUGGGCUUUCAGAAGCUUCUAAUGGUGAUGAUGGUGAUGCCCAUGAUGAUGAUGAUGGCCAUGGUGAUGAUGAUCAUGUUGCCCAUGAUGAUGUCUUGCUUCUACUGAGCGUUUGUGGUGAUGGUGAUGAUGCCCAUGAUGAUGGUGGUCAUGAUGACCGUGAUUGUGGUAAUCGUGAUGGUGGUGGCCAUGAUGAUCAUGAUGAUGAUGCUUUGCUUCUAAUGAACGCUUAUGGUGAUGGUGUCCAUGGUGAUGAUGGUCAUGAUGAUGAUGGCCAUGGUGAUGAUGGUCAUGGUGACCAUGAUGUUGUCUUAUUUCUACUGAGCGUUUGUGGUGAUGGUGAUGUCCAUGGUGAUGGUGGUCAUGAUGACCGUGAUUGUGGUAAUCGUGAUGGUGAUGGUGGUCAUGGUGAUCAUGAUGAUGAUGCCUUGCUUCUAAUGAACGCUUAUGGUGGUGGUGUCCAUGAUGAUGAUGAUGGUCAUGAUGAUCAUGGUGAUGGUGGUCGUGAUGGUGAUGAUGCUUUGCAUCUAUUGCAUUUUCUGGUUUCCCAGAAACAUAAUCGCUUAUGA